GUUUUAAUAUUUGAAUCUAAUCGCCCCCAAAUUCGAACCUCACCAUCUUACCAAGAACCCUAAAUAAAGGGGAUCAUAAUAGAGAGAAUGAGUGACACACCCGAUCUCACACCUUCAUCUGCAAACGAGUUGUCAAAAACUAGCAGCGGAUCUUUCGAUGCCAACCGAAUAGGGGAGGUGAAAUCUUGGCUGGCUUCCCAAUUCGAUGCGGCUGGCAAAGAUCAUGUCCCCGAUUUUGAGUAUACCCCUCGCAGCAUUUCGCAUUUACAUAAUCUGGCCACAAUUUCUCAAGCCAAAACGCAAGCUGCCACCAUAAUUGCCAAUGAUUUUCGUCUUAAAGCUUCCGAAUAUCGCUCCCAAGCUGCAAGGAUAAGAGAGAUAUUAGAGAAUGUGGGGUUAGCACAAGAAGGUUUGCCUGCAAAUGUGGUUGCAUCAUCACAAGUUCUUGCUAAUGUGGCAAAUUUGCUGAACAUUAGAGACACCGAGCUGAGUAGUUUUCUUGUGGCCAUGGGAGAUGUAUCACUAAGGAAGACUGGAGUAGAAGAUAAGAGGGCUAAAGUGCAAAAGGAGUCGAAGAUUCUUCUUGAUUACACUCGGAAAGCCAUAGCAAGGCUGACUUAUUUGAAAAGAACACUUUCACAACUGGAAGAUGAUGUGGCUCCUUGUGAGGCUCAAAUGGAGAGUUGGAAUACAAACCUGUCGAUUAUGAUUUCAAAAGAGAGACAAUAUCUUCAGCAAUAUUCCAACUACAAGGCGAUGCUUACUCGUGUGGGGUACACCCCUGAGAUCAGUCAUGGAAUGUUGGUGGAAAUGGCCGAGCAUAGAAAAGAUUUAGACAAGAAGACAAAGCCUAUUCUUGACACUUUGAGAAGCUAUCAAGACUUGCCCCCGGAUAAAGCAUUGGCUGCACUUGCUAUUGAGGAUAAGAAAAGGCAAUAUAAUGCUGCUGAGAAGUAUCUUGAAGAUGUAUUGCAAUCCGCUCUUGCUGCCUCUGAUUGAACUUUCAACUUUGAAGAGAUAUAUAUGAUACUACUUCUUGUAUAGAAAACGAGCCAACUUUUGAUUCUGCAUUUGGUAGAACAAAGAAAUGUGGAAAGAUAAAGAUAUUGAGAUUUCCUUUUAGGGGAUUUGAUUUCGAACUAAAGUUUUUUGUUGUAUGAUAAUUUGAUGAAAUUAUGCCCCCUUUGUGAUGCAAGUGACAACCUCAACC